ACAAUCACUGCAAUUGGCCAAAAAAAAAAAUCACUGCAGGACACCAAAGGCUCCUAUCUUUCCAAUAAGGGAAAAGGCUAUGGAGUUCAAUUGAAGGAUUUCUCCAGAAGUGGCUCUGGUUUUGAGAAGGGGUAUUAUUCUAGGGGAAAGGCUCCUGGAGUAAGUUUAGCUGUGAAUGAAACUGGUAGGAAUGGGCCAACUCGUAAGAGCAAGCGGGUUCCUAAAAGAUGUGUCUUGGAUGUGGGUAUAAAUAAUGAUGAUGAGGAUGAAGAUGAGGAAAUCCGUUAUCUAGGGAGACUGAAUGCUUCAAAUGGUCUCUCAAAUUACAAAGAUGGAGAGGAUGAGAGAAAUGGGAGAGAUAGUGCUAUUUUUGAGGAUAGAGAUUAUGUGGAAGAAGACGAACCUAUAUCAGAUGAUGAGCCUGGAUCUAAAAGGAAGAAGCUGGGGAGGGGAUCAGUUGAUUUGUUUGUGGAAGGAAGAAUUGAAUCAACUCCCACUACACGUAAUCGAGCUCUUCAGUCUGGGAAAGAUCUGUUAUCUGGUCUUGGUGCCAGUCCUGUUGAGUUCCCUGAUGGUUUACCUGGUGCCCCACCUAAAAGUUAGCAAUUCCCUCACAUACUACU